GGCGUACGCACGUGAUGGACCAUGCGGACGCUAGUGCUUAUAUAUUUCGCGACUUUAGUGAAUUGUGAUUUCAAAAGUGAAGUGAAACAUCUGAGGCAUGCCAGGACCUUGAUCAGGCAUGGGCGGUCCAGGGUGCACUUUAGUCGGAUGCAUACGAGACCGAGGGACCUCGUCGCGCAAGUUAUAGAAGCUGAGACGAGUAGCGAACUAGAGAGCAUCGACAAAUCCGGUGAAGACCCGAUCGUGUCAGCGCUCCGACCGUACGGCGCACCCGACGAAGACGCAUACAGAACCACACCCGACAUGUUCCAGAAAUACUUCGGGAACUACUCAGGAAACGUAGCAAGAGACCCGACAGACGAGGUGUCUCUUCUAGAUCAUUUCAUUAAUCUAGAGCAUAGUUACGACAACGACACACAGAGAGUUACAAUGGAUGACACAAAUCCAGACAUAAGAGACAUUGUAAAUAAUGACACAAAUCUUAAUGAUAGUGAGAAUGCAACGGUUGUGAGACCGAGUGUUCUAGAAGACGUUGUUACAAAGUUUCUAAGAUUGAUCGAAACUCAGCACUUGUUAGGUGAGAACUGCACAGCUGGGACGCAUUUGAACUUAGGCGAGGGUGUUGUAGAUAGGUACGCUCAAGAGAGGUUUAGAAUAGAGGCGGAUGUAGCUGUUAAUAGAGCGAAUAUGCUGACAAGGUUGUGGAAAUACGCUGGUCCUUCUGUCAUGCAUAACGAGUACUUACUCCAUGCGAGUGUAUUUUCUAUGGUGGAGUUUGAUGAUGACGUGUUCGCGGCUGGGAACUGCUACGACCAAUACCAGUACAAAGAUUACCAGCUGUUCUGCCCGUUUGCCUAUCGGUUGCCAGAAGGGCCGAUAUUGGCGAAGGACUUGGCGGUGGAGUACAAAUAUUUGAGCAACACGUCCGAGUGGUUCUACAUCGCCCGCAAGAAUGCCGAGCGCGUGAUACGAAACCACAAUCAGUUCAGGAGAGGUUACAACACGUACACCUACAACGACACGGCCCAUACAGAGAGAGAGUUCGACGAGAUCCUGUCCGUGACGUACGAAGACGGGAAGUGGUCGAAACCGUACUACGACUGCGGUGGAGGCAACAUAUGGAUGCUGACAUAUACCGUGCCCUUCUUCGGUUACAGCAAUGGCACUUACUUCUUCAAAGGUACCAGCGGCAUUGACAUAGAUCUGCGAAGAGUGGACAUCGACCAGUGCCCUAUAAAGCAAGGCUCCACGCAGCUCAACAUCUUCGCUGGUACCGAUAAGUGCAAGAAGAAGACCACGGAGUGUGUGCCAGUCCCCGGGCUGGGGUUCCGUAGAGGCUCGUACCGCUGCGUGUGUCGCCGCGGGUUCUUCUUUCCUAACACCACCGCGGAGAACAGGUUCUACAACGGCAGCGAUAUUGAAGAAGAGUAUGAGAAACAUUUGUCUAGUCAAAGAAGCCUAUACUCCAAAGCCACAACCUUCGAAUGUCUGCCAUGCGCGGAAGGUUGCGAAGCCUGCAUCGACGGUUCACCAUGUGUAGCGGCUUUGAACUGGGUUGUUCGGACGACCAUCUUCGCGCUGGCCUGCUUCGUGAUAUCCUGCCUGCCCUUCAUUGUUUACUUCACUAUCAAAUAUGGACAUGUCAGGGUGGUAAGGGCAGCGAGCCCAGCUCUGCUCAGGGUGAUCGUGCUAGGAGCCCUGCUGAUCUACUCCACGACCCUCGUGAUGUACGGACGGCCGACGGUGUUCACGUGCACCGCGCGCGUCUGGCUGAGGGAGGUCGGCUUCUGCUUGACGUACGGCGCCUUGAUGCUGAAGACUUGGAGGAUAUCAGUGAUCUUCCAAGUGCGCUCAGCGAAGGCCGUGAAGAUCUCUGACAUGUACCUUCUGCGACGUAUAGGGGUUAUAGUGGGGGUGGCGUGCGUGCUGCUGUCCAUAAGGACGCUGGUGGCGCCGCCCACCGUCAUCGUGGGGAGGACCAGGGAUGAUCUGAAGGCGUAUUUGUGUAAUACUGACUGGUGGGAUCACUCCUUUACUACGCUGGAAGUGAUCUUCCUGAUGUGGGGUAUCCGGCUGUGCAUCAUGGUGCGGAAGGCGCCCUCCGAGUUCAACGAGAGCCGGUUCAUAUCCAUGGCCAUAUACAACGAGUUCCUUCUGUCUGUCUUCCUUAAUAUAUCUAUGUUAUUUCUACAAUCGCCAGCUAACCCAGACCUCUUGUACAUAAUAUUCUUCUGCCAUACGCAGCUCACUGUCACGCUUCUACUGUGCUUUAUAUUUGGGAGCAGGGCUUACAUGGUAUUCAAAGGCCAAGGGAAGGAUGAGAGGGAGAAAACCAAGUUUAGAUCUAGACCUGCAGACUCCACGUACACUAUGACCACAAACAGGAGCGCGCACUUUUGUGAUAACAUGACAGAAAGAGAUUUAGAGGAGGAGUUAAAAAAAAUAUGCAACCAGCUAGACAAGUUAAGAGAAAGAUGCGGUCCUGGUGCUCAUCUCUCGAAGAUAAUAGCUGCCAUGCAAGAUGCUGCCACUCUUCACGAGCGAAGUCAAGGCACCACGGAAUCCGCACCACUUAAGCUUAACACGGUAUUCAGUGCAGUCGCUGGGAAGCUGAUGUGUACUGUGACACCAGGAGAAGAAUCCAGUAGUAGCGGCAGAGAUUUACCCUUCGAAGCUCCUCCAGCGUAUAAACAAAGAAACUUCACCAUAACGAAGAGUAUAGAGACUAGUAAUGCAGAACAGAGCCAAACAGACGUCACAACAGAUUCCCCCAAGAAAAAAGACCUUAAUGCAGAAGCGAAAGAAGAGAAGCAAAAUGGCGUGUUCAAAAUAUCUGGGGAAGCAGGUUGCAGUGAUAUUCGUCCACCAGAAGUGACAAUCAAGAAUGGUAUAGGCAAAAGUGACAGAAGUGACAAAAGUGAAGUGAGGUCCAGUCCGAGUAGUACAGAGACUAUUAAAGGUGUUAGGUCAGGGCACGCGAGGACCCAUGCGAUUGUUAUUAAUCUCGAUGAUAAAAGUCGUUUCACUGAAGAAGUGACCGUUUAAGAGUUGCACACAAGUUUGGUUCUUAUUUGACUAUUUGCCAAUCAAAGUCAAUGAAAGGUAAGUAAAUAAAAACCUGCGUCUAUUGUUUUAUAGGUUUCUGUAACAAUGUGUAGUUUUUAAGUUCAUCAUCGUCAUCAUCAAACAAUUGCCGGCUCAUUACUGAGCACGGGUU